AUGGCAGCCGGGAAUUUCACCAUGGCAACAUACUUCAUUCUACUCCUCUUCAUCAUCACCACUCUCCCAAUCUCCACCCUCAAUGGAACCAAAACCUCGAAGCCGCAACUACUCGACAUUAACUACUUCCCCACCGGAGCCCUCCGCACCGACCCAGCCGCCACAACCGCCGCCGCCACCGACUACGGCCACAUCGUCCACCGCCGCCCCGCCGCCGUCCUCCACCCUUCCUCGGUCGACGACAUCGUCAAGCUACUAAACCUCGCACACGACCACAACAACAUGAACAACAACAACACCACCACCUUCACGGUGGCGGCGAGGGGCCGGAGCCACUCGGUCCGGGGGCAGGCCAUGGCGGCGGAGAACGGCGUGGUGGUGGACAUGAUGCGGCUGAGGACCGCCCGCUACAAUAGCAACGUGAGGGUGGUCGUGUCGCCACGUGGGCACCGCCGCCGUCCGUAUGCUGACGUGGGAGGGGAAGCUUUGUGGAUCGACGUGCUGGAUGCCACGUUGCGACACGGCGUCGCGCCGGCCUCGUGGACGGACUACUUGCACCUGACCGUCGGCGGGACGCUGUCCAACGCCGGGAUCGGCGGCCAGAGUUUCCGUCACGGCCCCCAGAUCAGCAACGUCCAUGAGAUGGACGUCGUCACCGGGACAGGAAAGCUCGUGACAUGUUCCCCUUCCAACAACACCGACUUAUUCUACGCCGUUCUGGGAGGGCUUGGCCAGUUCGGCAUCAUUACCAGGGCUCGGAUCGCUUUACACCCAGCUCCUAAAAGGGUGAAAUGGGUACGCUUGCUAUACAGCGACUUCGCCGCCUUCACAAAGGACCAGGAACGUCUAAUCUCGGAUCGCAAUCACGGAGGAGGAGUGUUACCGGAAGUGGAUUAUUUGGAAGGUUCGCUGAUGUUGCAUCGUGGUGGGAGCCCUCCAUCCUCGUUCUUCCCGGCCGCCGACGUCCCCAGAAUCACGUCCCUCGUCGCCCGGCACCGCCUCGUCUACUGUCUCGAGCUGGCCAUCAACUCUUACGUCGACGGCGAUCGUCGUCAAGAUGAGCUGCUGGAGCGGUUGGUGGUGGAAGGGCGGCUGAACUACCUGCCGGGUUUCGCGUACAGCAAGGACGCGUCUUACUUGGAGUUCCUGGACAGAGUGCGAAGCGGGGAGGUGGCGCUUCACUCCAGAGGGCUGUGGGAAGUUCCCCAUCCCUGGCUCAACCUCUUCGUGCCGAAGUCUCGUAUCGCGGAUUUCGGAUCGGGCGUUUUCAGGGACAUUGUUCUGCGCAGGAACAUCACCACGGGACCCGUCCUCGUCUACCCCAUGAACCGAAACAAGUGGGAUGAUAGAACGUCGGCGGUGCUACCGGAGGCGGCGGAGGAUGUGUUUUACACGGUAGGGUUCCUGCACUCGAGCGGGUUCGACGACGGUGGCUGGGAGGAGUUGGAGGAGCAGAACAAAGAGAUAAUGGAGUUCUGUGAGAGAAGUGGGAUGGGAGUGAAGCAGUACCUUGCUCAUUACGCCACCACAGAAGAGUGGGCCAAGCAUUUUGGUGCCAAGUGGGAAAGGUUCCGACACAGGAAAUCCGCGUUCGAUCCCAUGAAGAUGCUCUCCCCGGGACAGAGAAUCUUCAAUUCAUAG